AUGGCCACAGCUGAGCCCGUGAAAUCUGGGCACAGGGAACUUGCUUCAGGUCUCCCCUAUUCAACCCCGUUUCCAACAGAGACCCUAAGAAAUUCAGACCAUAAGUUUGAGUGGAACAGAAUGCAGUUUCAGACCUGGGCUUUGUAUGUGGCGAGUCGCUAUGAUUACUCCGUGGAGUUCACUGGCGUUGGGGAACCACCUGCUGGAGCCGAGAGUGUGGGGUACUGUACCCAGAUAGGCAUCUUCCAGAAAAACGAAGGCAAGGUGACCGAGGCGAGUAUUUCGGAGCAGCGCCAGGAGUGGGCUUACAAAGCUGUUUUCACAGCUUCCUAUCCAAGCCUGCAGCAGGAACGGUUACUCAGACUCGUGCUCGUGAACGAGGUGUCCCGGCAGGUGGAGAGCUUGCGGCUGAAGCAUCUACGGAAGCUGAAGGAGGAGGAGGAGAGGAUGUUGGGCGUCAAGCUCCCUGAGGCGGACAGUGACUUCCCAUCCUUUGGGCCAGUCUUCACAGAGGCCGAAAAAGCCAGGAUAGAGAAUUCCCCCAAGCCCUUUGUUAUGGGAACAAAGUUUUUGGUGCCACUGCAGAGACUAAUGGCUUAUCCCAAAUUGCGCUGCAUAUGCCCCAGUGAGGACAUGAUGCGGUCGCUCAUUGAUGACUGCGUGUGUCUGAGCAGCAAUGCAUCUGCCGUGGUGGUUGACCUACAUGAUUAUUAUGAUUAUCUGUUUGAUUUUUGAGCCACCCUUAGUUCCUGAAAUUCAGGGUUUUGGUGAUAGUUAGGCUCGCUUAAAUUUAUAACUUCCUGUGUAGUCAUAAUUCAAGUGACUUUUUUUUCCUAAAAGUUGUACCCCCAAAGUCAUGUCCUAAGCCAGUGGAUGGUAAGUCUGACACAGAGCCAGGCUCCCCUUCACAUAAGGAGGAUAUUAGGGUUUAGCUAAAGGUGGUGGUAGGUUUUCCUUUGAAUUCACAAAUUUUAUUUUCUCAGGAAUGAAGAAAUUGGAAGUUGCAGUAUGUUUUUUUUAACUUACCCAUAUAUUUUUAUGUUGGAAUAUGUUGUAUGUGCCAUUAAACUUUUUA